UCACUCAGUCGCCCCUUGGCUGGUGCAGCGACGAGACCUCGCCCGCGCCUCGGCUCGCUCGCUCGCCCUCUCUCUCUCUCUCCCUCUCGGACGGCGGCCCCAACCUCGCCCUCGAAGAAGGAGGAGGAAGGAGGAAGACCUUCCCUCGGGCGUCGGUAUUUUCCGUCUUUACUUAGAGAGUCAUUCGUUUCUUUUUUUUUUUUUUAUUCAUUUAUUUAUAUGUGUUAUUCAUCUCUCUCAUUCUCUCUCACUCUCGAAAACGAAAAGAAAUAAUAGAUAAAAACGGGAAAUUCGAAAAAAAAGAAACAGGUGAAUCGAGAAGUGCGGUGAGAGAUUUUAUUUUUUUCUUAAAAUAAAGAGAGAGAAAAAAGAAAAGGAGAGAAAAGGAGAAAUAGAGAAAAUAAAAGAGAAAAAAGUGCAGAGUGCAGCCUCGUGUGAUUCUCGCUUCCGCUGCAUUUGCCGGUUGCAGGAUUGGCCGAUGGAGUUCUAGUUGGGAAAGAAAAGGAAGAAAGAGAGAAAGAAAGAAGGGAGAAAAGAGGAAGAUCGUAAGAACAGAGAAAAGAUAGGAAGAAAAAGAGUGAUUUUUUCGCUGUGCCUUAAAUUCGUGAGAAAGAAAAAUAUAAGAAAAGAAAAAAAAACUGAGAAUUUCUAACUAUCGUGAGGAGAAAAAAAAUCAGAAUAAAUACAGUUAUUUAACAAAUAUUCAUAGUGAUUCUUACGGAUAAAUCGAUGUGAAAUAGAAAUAGGAAAAGAGAAAAAGGAAAUAGAAAGGAAUUGAUAGUUAUGCUGAACAAGAGAAGUACAUAAAGUGACAGAAAAAUCAUAAAAAAAUAAAUAAUUACUUAAUUUACCAGAGACUGUGCGACUUCCGUCUGACCUUCCGCAGUGCCGUAGUGACCUGUAGUGACCUGCGUCGACCUGUGUGGGGAAAAGUGCUUGCUUGCUUGCGUUAUCUGCAGGCGAUAUGGUCAGAUAACGAUUAUUGAUAGUGCGAUAGUGACUGCGAUGGUGAUGAUGGUGCCCGCCGGCCCGGGGCUUCCUCGGGGGCGCUCGUGGCUCCCCGGGGCGCUCCUGCUCGCAGCCCUCGUCCAGGUGGCGGCGGCGUCCGGACGCUUCGAGCUGGAGGUGGUGGAGGUGCACAACUCGCAGUCGCAGCUGUGGGCGGGCGACUGCUGCGGCGGCGCGGCGCGCACCGCGGCGUCGGAGUGCCCCGCGCAGUGCCGCACCGCCGUGACCCUGUGCCUGAAGGAGUACCAGAGCACCCAGGACGGCGGCAAGGCGCUGCCGCGGCAGGUGCUGGAGUCGGGCGGCGCGACGUCGCAGGGGCAGAGCUCGGGCGCGGGCGGCCUGGGCAGCUGCACCUACGGCAACGGCACCUCGCCCGUGAUCGGCGGCUCCUCCUUCACCCUCGCCCAGUCGCCGCCCGCCGCCCACAUCCAGCUGCCCUUCACCUUCUCCUGGACGGUAAGGCCGCCUCCCGUUCUCUCUUCGUUCAUGUAUCGUUGGUUUUUCACCUUUUUCAGAUAUUUAUUCUUUUGUUUAACUUCCUUUUCGCUUACUAUUAUAUUUAUUGUUUAUAUUACAAGCUUUAAAAAUUCCCGUAAGUGUAUGCGAGAUGGUGAAGGUUCCAGAGGCUCUCCUUAAGAAGUCGAUAGAUAAGGGUGGAUUUGGAAUGCUUCAAACGGGCGGAGAAAGUUAUAAGAUGGUCCAAAUAUUAUAUAGGAAAGUCAUUCAAAUAUGUAUAGUUAUUGUGUCAAUGUAUAAUUAAUUUACAGCUACUCUUAGAAAAGAAACGGUCGUUAAAUUCUCGAAAUU